UGCAGACAGGGUAUUUGGCUGAUCAUGAUGCCACAGUGGCGAAGAGCAUGCGGACUUACACAUAUAUAUGCAGUGCGUACUCUGUCUGAACCGCUCCUUUGUCCUAACGCAGCUCAGCGUCGAUGGCCACAUUCUGGACCUAUGAUUAUGCUUGUUCAUUUGUCGAAGAGUGGACGUUCCUCCUCGGAUCGCGCUGGACCAGGAUAAAGAGCCUUUAUAUCGUUACACGAAUCAUGCCCUUUUUUCUCCUCGUCAUAAAUCUAUAUCAGAACUUCACCCCGACCGGGGACUUUAAUAUCUUGGGCUUUAUUGAUGUAGCUUUCGGCAUAUUAUCAGUCACUUGCUCCGAAUCCUUUUUCAUCCUCAGAACAUAUGCGCUCUGGAACAACAAUAGAUAUGUGCUCGCGGCCAUGCUGACUGCCUUUUUUGCUACCUUUGUAGCAUCUAUCGUGACUUCCCUUUCUAAUGAUGUCAUUGCACCAUAUGCGACUGGCGUGAUCCCGGGCAUGACAGGUUGCUUUUUAAAUGGCAGGCUCUCCAUCCCAUAUAUUCUCUUGUUUCAGUUUGAACUAGGACUCAUCUCCCUCACGCUCAUACGUGCUAUACAGAGCUGGCGGACGGCCGACAGUCCUCUGUACGCCAUUCUGGUCAAGCAUAAUAUAUUCUACUAUGCAUGCGGUUUGUUUUUCUCAGGCGCGAACGUCGUUACAUCAUUUACGGUCCAUUACCAGUACCAUGCCAUGUUCCAAGAUUUCCAGUUUAUCAUCCUGGCGAUUCUUGCCUUGCGCAUGCACCUCCAGCUCUGGCAAAUUAACGAGCACGUACACGGCUCUGACGCUCCCGUGUCAAGUCUCGAGUUCAUCCCUCCAUCCAACGUGUCAUCUGCGAAUGAUAUGGCAUGAUACCUUGUCGCCUGGCUAGUUCGGCGUUGUUGGAGUUUGCACUGUGCGAAGUGAGCUUGGUCAAUGCAGCCUCUGCUGCUCGAUCUGGGUUUGGUGGCUUUGGAUGAUCUUGAACUUGUGGUUAUGGU